AUGUCGAUGUUCAUAAAGCUCUAUCAGGGAUAUUCUAAUCUUCUCUUGAAAUAUCCACUGAGCACACAAUCUAUCUCAACAGGCAUAAUCAUGGGAGGUGGUGAUAUAAUCGCUCAAAAGAUUGUUGAAAGAAGGGAAUGGGACGUUUCUAGAACUUUAAAGUUCGGUGGGAUUGGCGUUUUCCUUAUCGGUCCAACACUCAAUUUCUGGUACGCAUUCUUGGAUCGAUUUUAUAAAGGUCAAGGAGCUGUUAGAACACUAAAAAUGGUGGCAACUGAUCAGGUUGUCAUGGCCCCUGUACUUGUUGGUUCAAUCAUUGGCCUGACUGGAUUUACCCGAAAUUGGUCUAUGGAGGAAGCUAAGCGAGGACUGUCUGCUUCCUAUGUUUCUGCUCUCCAAACAAACUGGAUGGUUUGGUUCCCUGCACAGUUCAUUAACUUCACCUUCGUUCCAGUCCAUUUCCGUCUCUUUGUGGUUAACUUUGUGGCCUUGUUUUGGAACAGCUUCCUCUCCUAUGUUAGUCAACAGAAGAAGAUGGAGGGCAAAUCGGAGUGA